AUGUGGUCUCCGCCACACGCAGUCUCCGCCACACGCAGACGCAGCCACACGCAGUCGCAGCCACACGCAAUCGUAGCCACAUGCAGUCGCAACCACAUGCAGUCGCAGCCACACGCAAUCGUAGCCACACGCAGUCGCAGCCACAUGCAGUCGCAACCACAUGCAGUCUCCGCCACACGCAGUCUCCGCCACACGCAGUCGCAGCCACACGCAGUCGCAGCCACACGCAAUCGUAGCCACACGCAGUCGCAGCCACAGCCACAUGCAGUCGCAGCCACAUGCAGUCGCAGCCACACGCAGUCGCAGCCACAUGCAGUCGCAGCCACACGCAGUCGCAGCCACAUGCAGUCGCAGCCACACGCAGUCGCAGCCACACGCAGUCGCAGCCACACGCAGUCGCAGCCACACGCAGUCGCAGCCACACGCAGUUGCAGCCACAGCCACAUGCAGUCGCAGCCACAUGCAGUUGCAGCCACAUGCAGUCGCACGCAGUCUCCGCCACAUGCAGUCUCCGCCACAUGCAGUCUCCGCCACACGCAGUCUCCGCCACACGCAGUCUCCGCCACACGCAGUCUCCGCCACACGCAAUCGUAG